GUUACGUUGACAACGGACGCUCGUCCUAUUCAUUCUCCCAAAAUGGCAGGGAUAAAAUUGACUGUUAUUGGACUCUUACCAAAUGAAACAUUUCACGUUGCCAAAUUCUGCGCAGAGUAUUUGUACCAGAAUAUUCCUACUAAGUUCCAAUCUCCUGAAAUCAGAGGUCUCCUGGAGUUUCAGUGGGAGCAGUAUGUGGAAGAACAACGAAAAGCCUUGAGAGAUGAGACAUGGGUUUUCAAUGAAAAGGCUAUGACUUACGUUCACACCCAUGGAGAUUGCGCUUUCCUCGGAGGCCCAAAGGCCUUGCAGGAGUGGGCACAGGAGCACUUUGGGUACAGGGAAUGCAAGCCUUUACCUCUCUACAUGGCUCUGGCGGAGGAAGCGUAUAGGGAGCACAUACUUGCCACAAAUCAUACAUUUGUGUACUUUGACGUGACAGUGGAUGGAGAAAAGGCUGGCAGACUGCUGUUUGAGCUUUAUACAGACCGAUGCCCAAAGACAUGUGAGAACUUCCGAGCGUUGUGCACUGGUGAGGAAGGACAGAAAACAGACGAUACCCUGAUGAAAUACCACUAUCUGGAUACCUUGUUUCAUAGGAUUGUACCAAAUGGUUGGAUACAAGGAGGGGAUAUCCUGUAUGGGGCAGGAGAUAAAGGUGAAUCAAUCUAUGGAGAAGUUUUUGAAGAUGAGAAUUUCUCCAUGAAGCAUGAUUCCAGGGGUAUACUAGGGAUGGCCAAUAGAGGGCGACAUACAAAUGGUUCUCAGUUCUACAUCACAUGUCAGCCUGCACCAUGGAUGGACACCAAAUAUGUAGCGUUUGGAAAACUUGUGGAAGGCACUGACGUUCUCAAAACCCUGGAGGCGCAGGAGACGUAUAACGAGAGGCCAAAGAAGGACUGUAAGAUCGCUGCCUGUGGGGUGUUUGUUCCGAAAGAUGAUGAGGCCAUGGCUUAAACCUGGGCCCUGUCUUACAAAGAGUUGUGAUUGUUGAAAAUCCAUCCAUACCAUAAUUUUUUCUACAGGAAAUUUGCGCGAUCUCCUUAGUAAAUAAAGGGAAUCACACUGAAUCUUCAAGAGAAUGAUGAAUAUAUGAAUAUGCAUCAUAUCUAGAAAAUAUUUUGAACAAAUUUGCAUUUUAGAUGUUGAUGUGUCUGGCUGUCAAUUGUUGUAAUUGAUGGGAUCAAUCACAAGUAUUUGAAAGACGGGUCCCUGGACCCUGUUCGACAAUGCUUUAGCAUUUGAUCAUAUGACUUAUUUCUUCGCUUCAUUACAUUGAUCAUUAUGUGUAAUCAAGCAUAAAAAUCAAUUAUACGAUCGAUUGUUAGGCUUUGUGGUAUGGGCUGCUGGACUAGCUUUUAGGUGAAACAGUUUUUUAACCUGAUAUUUUCAGACCUCAAAUGACCAAUUUCCAUCAUGGUUUUUGUUUUCAAAGAACUCCGAUGGGACGAAGUCUUUAUUAUGGAAUACACAGACCAUUUUUAUGGGGUACUUGUCUAAAGUGAUAUAAAUUGAAUGAGUUGGUUAACAAUGAGCAAGAAGAGCACUUACAAUGUCAUCAAACUUUGAUUACGGUAAUUAUUGUAAACUAAUUUCUAAUAUUUCCACUUUUUUGUCAAAAUUCAUAUGCAAAUUACUAGGGGUAUGCAAGAAAUGAGCUCAUUUUGUAUUUCCACUCUAUUGGUUUUCUCAUUUUCUGUGCAUUUUAUUUAAUGAAAUAACAAAUAUUCCAGUUCUCUGCUCAACACAUUAUUCAUUUUCUAAGGUCAUCAUUGCUAUAUUUUUCUUUCUGAAGGAGAUAUGAUAAUAAUGAUGUUCAAUUCAAUUUGAUAAAUGACAGGAAUUGUCAAAUCAAAUCAUUAGGUGGCAAAUGAUUGUUGAUGUAUAUACAACAGUUUCAUCCAAAUAAUGCAAAACUGAGAAACUCCAUGCCUUUCUUCAAAUUUUCAUCUGAU